UCCUGCUGAAAAGUGAAAAGUAGAACACCUUUUUUCCUUCUCAGCGCCAGCCGUACAUUCAGCUCUCCUCCUCCAUGUACACAUAACAUACUACUUGAAUCCCAACAUUCAUCCACUUAACUUCACUUCAGCUUUUGGGAUAACAAAAUUCAAAUGAGGCUCUUCGUCUAACAAUUUAACAUCACAAUCAGGAAAAUAUGGGUGCAAGCACAUUACCAGAUGCAUUAUUUGGAUCUGUUCAAUAUCAUCCUAGCAUUUCUUCGUGCAGACAUCAUGACCCUAUUCAAGUUUUUGCUGUUAAGUCACUUCCCACGAUCAAUAGAAGGACUUCUGGUGGGAAAAGAAAAGUUCUAUUCGCGGAUGCCUGGCUCUGCAAACCAAGACAUGUCAUUUUCUCGAGCAUGGUUUACAUUUCUAUGCCUCCUACAAGAUGACUCAGCUGAAGCUCUCACAGAUUUCCUUGAUGAUGGGGAUGAUAAUUCGUUAGGGAGUAGCAAGGUAAUAGGGGUUGAUGACAAUGAACUGUUGGCAACUAGAAAAGCUCUCUCUGAUGCUCGCGCCAGAAACAAAGCCAUUGAAAAGGAAAGAGAUCAAUUGCUUGAAAAGUUAGCUUGGUCUGAGGCUAAACAGAAGGAGUAUUUGUCAACUGUAAUGCACGAUAAGGAUUUGGCCAUAUCAGAACUUGAGGCUGCGGAGGCUCUAUUUAACAAUAAGCUAGAAGAGUCUUUGGAGGAGAAAUUUAGCUUAGAAUCUAAGUUGGUCUUGGCAAAACAAGAUGCAGUUGAACUUGCGGUUCAGGUUGAGAAGCUUGCGGAGAUUGCUUUUCAGCAGGCAACUUCUCACAUACUUGAAGAUGCACAAUUACGAGUUUCAGCUGCCGAAGCUUCUGCAGCAGAGGCAUCUUUUCAAAUUGAAGAACAAAUAAGGAGUGCCUCUGAAGGGGCCAUAACCGCUGUUCUGCAACAGUCUAAGGAUGCCAUAGAAAAGGCUUUGGCUGUAGCUGAAUCAGCUGGCGACCAUACAACAAAAGCCAUGGCUGCAUUUGUAGAUAACAUGGGUUCGGUUGAUGAGAUCAUAUCAGUUCAGUCCCAGAAUAUUAAGUUAAGCAACACUGUGAAUGACUUGGAGUCUCAAUUACUGGUUUAUAGAAAUGACAUUGACAGAUUGAAAUUAGAGCUAAACCAAGCGCGUAAAGAAGCAAAAGCAUACGAACUCCGUGCAAAUGAUGUGGAGAAAUUAUUCCACGAGUUUCAGGAGUCAAGUAGAAAAGCAGCUCUCCAACAGGAGGAGGAAAUUAAGUCAUCAUUAGAGAAAAUGAGAAAAGAUGCUACCGAGAAAAGGAAGGCAGCAUCAAAGGCGUUUAAGCUUGAGAUCGAGAGAAUGAAGGCUGCAAUUGAAGCAGCAAGAGAAACAGCACGUUCGCAAGAUGAGGCAUAUAUGCGAAGAUGUGAAGCACUGCAGAGAUCUUUAAGAGCAGCUGAAGCUGCUUCGAAAAUGUGGAGGCAAAGAGCAGAAAUGGCUGAGGAUAUGUUACUAAAGAAAAGUUCUUCAGAAGAAGGGGAUGAAGAAGCUAUUUAUUCUGUUAAUGGUGGAAGAAUAGACCUUCUUAUGGAUGACGAUUCACAGAAAUGGAAACUUUUAACUGAUGGUCCUCGCAGGCCAACUCCUGAGUGGAUGGCACGGAGGAUAAGAUCUCUCCGUCCCAGGUUUCCACCUAGGAAGACUCAUGUAUCUGAGGCCAUGACAGCAGGAUAUAAAACUUUGGACUUGCCAAAACCUGAUGAAGUAUGGUCUAUUGCCCAAGAAAAGCUAAAGGAAGGAGAUGUGCUAGUUGAGCAUGUGAUUGAGAAAGAAGUUAUUGAAAAGAAGAGGAAGGCUUUGGAACGUGCUCUUCAACGGAAGACAGUUAAAUGGCAGAGAACUCCAGAAGAAACAAAACUAGAGUCAGGGACUGGUACUGGACGAGAGAUUGUGUUCCAAGGUUUCAAUUGGGAAAGCUGGAGAAGACAGUGGUAUCUUGAGCUUGCUAAUAAAGCUGCUGAUUUGUCCCGCAGUGGUAUCACAGCAGUUUGGUUUCCACCACCAACAGAAUCAGUUGCUCCUCAAGGUUACAUGCCUUCUGACCUUUACAACUUGAAUUCUGCUUAUGGUUCUGUGGAAGAGCUUAGAAGCUGCAUAGAAGAGAUGCACAACCAAGAUCUUCUGGCUUUGGGAGAUGUUGUGUUGAACCAUCGAUGUGCUCAUAAACAGAGUCCAAAUGGUGUCUGGAACAUUUUCGGAGGCAAGCUUGCGUGGGGACCUGAAGCAAUUGUUUGUGAUGAUCCAAACUUUCAAGGCCGUGGAAAUCCUUCAAGUGGUGAUAUAUUUCAUGCUGCACCAAACAUUGAUCAUUCCCAGGAAUUUGUACGACAAGAUGUAAAGGAGUGGCUAAAUUGGCUGCGAAAUGACAUCGGUUUUGAUGGGUGGCGCCUUGACUUUGUGAGGGGCUUUUCAGGGGGAUAUGUGAAAGAAUAUAUAGAAGCAUCAAAUCCCGCAUUUUCUAUUGGCGAGUAUUGGGAUAGUCUGGCUUAUGAAGGUGGAAACUUGUGUUACAACCAAGAUGCCCAUCGCCAGCGCAUAGUUAACUGGAUCAAUGCUACUGGUGGGAGCUCUUCAGCAUUUGAUGUCACGACAAAGGUACUUCCGUUAGAGCAUCUUUUAUUUGCAGGGUUUCCUCUAUCCCCUCAUAUGAAAGCAUCUCAAUUAUUUGGAAAUGAUAUGCAUGCCAGUCCUUCGUGCUCUUAUGCCUCUCUUCUUGAAUGAAGUAGAGCAAGUAGU